UUUAAAAGUAACGUGCGAUUCUUUGUCAAGAACAUUUCUAAUUAUACAGCAUUGGCUGUAACAAGAAGAAUUUAUCAGAAAAAGGCCCAUACCUCGCCCUGAGCAUAUGGUUAAACACUGCUAAAACUAUACUGAAGGUUUGUGUCCUCUGUCGCAACUCUUGUCCCAAGCCUUAUCUGUACUCGCAUUCCAGGCUUGUCUAAUAGGCAAAGAAAUGUGUGCGACGAAAACCCAAAAGUCAUUUAUUGCAUAAGAGAGGGUUAUCGAAUGGCUGCAGAGGAAUGCAGGUUCCAGUUCCGAAAAAGCAGAUGGAAUUGUACUCUACUCGGCGAAACAUCGGAUUUCGACGACAAAGCCAUUAAGGGAACUAGAGAGAUGGCUUACACGCAAGCUAUCAUUUCGGCUGGAGUUGUGUACACAGUCACCCGAGCCUGUAGUAUGGGAAACCUCAGCGAAUGCAAUUGUGACAAGAAACUCACGGGUACGGAGAAAAAAAAGCACUACAAAGGUUGGUCGUGGGGUGGUUGUUCUGUCGACUUGAGCUUCGGUCUCGAUCUUUCCAGUCGCUUCGUGAAUGCUCGCGAGGAGAAACACAAUGCCUUUUGGCUGAUGAACAGGCAUAACAGCAGGGCUGGUAGGCAGGUUGUGAGACAGAAAUUGGUUAAAGUUUGCAAAUGCCAUGGAUUGUCAGGGUCCUGUGUAGAGCAAACAUGCUGGAUGGCCCUGUCCUCUUUCCGUAAAGUCGCAGAAAAGUUGAAAGAGUAUUAUCACACUGCUUUGAGAGUUGAUGCCUUGACGGGCGCGACCUCCGGAGGGGCGAAGCCUGAACACCUUGUCUUACAAUCGAAUAAUUCAAAGAAGCCACACACGCGUAGCCUGGUGUAUCUAAAUGACUCUAAGGCAUUCUGUAAUCGGGAUCCGAAACUUCGAAUCCCGGGAACCCGAGAUCGCAUCUGCAACACGACCGGCUCUACUGAGGAAGACCACUGUGAUGUCAUGUGCUGUGGGCGCGGCCACGACACGCACAAUCUUACUGAAGUGGUUCAGUGUAGCUGUAAAUUUCAUUGGUGCUGCGAGGUCAAAUGUCAUGAGUGCGUCAACAACGUAAUAAGGCACACGUGCAAGUAGAUGGCGAUCAUGCGCGUGGCACAGCUUACAUUGACAUUUAAAUCGGAAUUUGAGGGCCUAAGUGCUAACAGCGAAAAUCGCCAUGUUAAAAUGAAACGAUUAAAAGGACAGUUCAUACCAUGUACAGAAGAACAGUCAUACAAUCGGACGUGUCGAAAACGUCGUAAAAUACAGGUGCAACUAGGGCACCAAUAACAGUAACCAUUUAAGGACUGCAGGCACUUAAAGUGCUUUUUAUCUGUAAAGAUGUUCACAUGUCAUUUAUGAAAUGUCGUGUUUUCUGACGGAAAGUGAUCCACUUAGGAUCACAUAUGAUAAGAUCGAACUGACUUUGAGAUAUAUGUAAACUUAUCUAAUUAUUAAAAGGUAGAACCGUCAAAAAGUUAAGUCAUAUUAUUGUAGAUGUGUUGAGAUGUAUAGAGUAUAAAAGACUAAUAGCCUUGAUUAAAAAUCUAGAAUUUAAAGUUAAUGGAAUAUCCGUAGGUUCUUAUACCACACCUCUUACGCUCGAGAAAUGAGGAAUGCUAUUUGUCUGUGGUAGCCUGCAUAUCAAUGGGGCCUGCAUAUCAAUGGUAGCCUGCAUAUCAAAGGCAGUUUUAAGAUUCAAGAUACACGAUUGUUUUUCGUGUUAUUUUCUGCUUUUCAAUUCUGCUCCAAACACAGUUUUGUCAUUUUACGAUAACUUAUCGCAUUUUUGUUUUUAUUUAGGUCUAGGGAAUAAUUAAAGCUAACGCGCGCAAACUACCCAAUUGGAAUGAAGAUAUCGUUUCUCGGCCUGUGAGUUACAAGAUUCAUAAAAAUAACCUCUGUGUAGCUGACGUAGCAUAAUUUACUUCGUUUCGUUGCAUUUCUUUAUUUAAUUUAAAGUAAACUUGAAACAUCAACUAUCAACCGUCGACCGUCGCGCUUAGAUCGUAGCUGUAGAAUUGUUCCGAGCGCGGAGGAAUUUUUUAUAAUGACAAUUUAUGUUAUCGCUAACAUUUUUUGGUGAGGGAAGGCUUUAUUAUUUUUCCAAUCAUAAAACUUUCUCCAGCUUUUUCGUUUCUUCUUUGAAAUUACCCAUUUAAGUUAUCCGGUAUUUACAUAAUGAAAAUUUUCAUCAAGCCAGUACAAAGUCAAAGCCAGUAGGAGGUGUGGUAUAAGGCGAAAUCAGUCUAUUUUUAGAGCAAUUUUCAAUGAGUGUCGAAACAAUGGGGGAUUGCAUUGGGUUGCUCUAUUUUCAUCUGUGAUAGGAAUUCUAAAGCUCCUAAAAUCCAGUCGAUAAAUAAGACGAGAAAUGAAAUAAAAUCUCGAAUUGGUCCUUCGAGGAGGUUCAGCUCUCAAGUGGCUCCUAUGAGGAUGUUUCUUUGUUCUGUUUGGAAGUUGCGAUUACUUUGGUUUUUAUCAGUUUACGACACUCAUAAGAAUUGCGCUCUAAUAAACCAAUUAAACGAAGUAUUCGUUUGUGAAAGUGUUUUCUUUUUGCAUCGUAUAGUCGGUAAUAGAAAAAAAACUGUCGACAAUAAGAUUCCGUUAAGAAUGAAAAGAUGAACUAAGUCACUGAACUUUUUUCAAGUUCUGCAAAAUAACUAGACGCAGGUGGCCGCUAAAAUUUUAGUUUUAGUUACCCUGGCGCUUAGACUACGAGUAAUCUCUCUUCGGCGAAGUCUCUUGUGCGGAUCAAAAAGUGAUUUUCGGUAAAGAUAUGACGUCAGCGCGUCGCGCUGAACUAGGCGCCUCACACUUAGAGUUCCGAGCGGCGCCUAACAUUUUUUCCUUCUUAUCAUUUUUUGGAUCACGCGACGGACUUCGUCGAAAAGAAAGAGCUGCUCUUAGUCUGUCUAAUGAUUGGCACAAAUCUUUUGUCUGUAUUUUUAGCUGAAAAUACAAGACAGUGUUUUUUGUUGUUAAUCGGUUGAUGUAGAAGCGUGUCAGAAGUAGUCGCACUGUUAAAGCGGUGGCCAUCCGCGUCUUUGGAAAGUGUUUCCUAACAUCUCUAUUGGUAGGACAAAUCACCGUUGAAUUAUCAAGAAGAGCGUUAAAGAUUAAAUCUAGUUAUCAAAAAUUUCAAUGAAGUGUAUAGUGAGAAAACAACGGGGCAAAUAUUAAAGGUUAUUUCAAACUUAGUUGUGCCGUGCUCUGCGCCAUGUUGGAUGGUGUGACGCUUCACAGUUUCCACUUUUUAUCUACGUGAUGCCAGAUAAAAGUGGCAACCGUAGGACGUCUACGAUCCAAAAUGGCGCUCACGGUUCAAAGUUCAAACGUCAAGAUUGCAAAUAUUUGUUCUCGGUUUUCAUACAUUUUGCUUCUUGUUACCCAAUUUUUCCAUACGGAUUGCUAUACUACAAGAUAUUUCCAUCAUUUCAAUGGCAACCUGUUUCACCAAUGAAAGCUUCCUUUAAAUCUCCAUCUUUGAGCAAGUGAAGUUACUUCAAGAUAAGUUAUUCCCUCCAUAUUUUUAACUCAUUACAAGUUACUAUCGUUUGCGAGUAAAUAUAUGAAAGUUAGUGUCUCUAUCUUGAGUAAACUGUUAUGAUUUGUCUUGUAAAGCAACUCGAGUGAGAUGGCUCCUUUAUCCGAUUUAUUUUAGGAAAGGCUGACGCUCAAGAUAAGUUGGGGUGGUGUGUAAAUCCUUUAUCAACUACCAGUUGAUAAUAAACCAAUUUUUUUAACUUAUAGUAACUCCAUUUUUGAAGUAUUUGUUUCACAGAGGGUUUAAAAUGGACUUUUCUGUGAAAGAGUCCCCUGGAAGUCCGCGGGUUUCAUAUCUUGGCGUAAACCUCAACCCGUUUUCUUUCCUAAACGAAUAUAAAUUACGAGAAAGAAACAUAAAGCACUUUGGCCAGUAUGCUUUUCUUGUAAAUCUU